CUGACCACUGCACGGUUUCAGGCAUUGCAGUAUCCAGGGACCAGCUACGUGGAACGCAUGGUGAAUAUAGGGCUCUUCUCCCAGAGCAGAGUCAGGGCUGGGAUAAGGAUGGCUGAUGGGAGGGAGAUGGUGCUAAUAAUGGUUGUAAGAGGACAACUGGCUAUAUUUUAUUUAAUAAUGGGGGGGAUAGUGAGCUGGACAUAUGGCACAUGUCAUGAGCUCUGCUAUAUGUACAUUGCAUCUAAUCACAUAAGAGUGGUCCUGGACUAAAUUACUUGGAAUUAUUACACAUUAUAGUAUUAUUUAAUAUACAGGGGAGAAAAACUGACAUUAUCAUAUCAGUCACACACUCAUUUGGAUUGUAUGAUAAAUGCUAGGAUUGUACUGUUAUUAUUUCCCAGAUUCCAAGAGAUUAUUAUUAUUAGAAUUUAUAUAGCGCCAACUUAUUCCGCAGCACUUUACAAUAUUAUAAAAGGGGGGGGGAUUUAACAAAAUGUUACAGGAACAAUAGGUAGAUGAGGACCCUGCCCGAACGAGCUAGAGAUUCAUUUUUUUUAUUGUGAUGACUAAGAUACUACAUGCUAAACUACACAGGAUUGCAAACAAAGCAUGUAGAGCUACUUUAUGUAAUGAUAUAAACUAAGGCUGAUAGGUAAAAUAGGUUUUAUUACUUUCAAAAUUACUGAUCUAUGCAAAUAGAUUGUUUUUAUGAUUAUUAUUGAAACCCUGGCAUGACACUUACAAUAAAUUUGCACAUUUGUUUAGCAAAGUUUUCCAAUAGAAGGAUACGUGAAUUAUUAACGGGUUGACCUUGAUGUACUUUCGUCUUUUAACAGCCUAGAUUGCUAUGUAACUAUGUAAUUGUUUAGAAGAGCUGAAAAGGUAAAAGUUUUUUUUUUAUAAAAUCUCUGAUACCAGUUGAUAAACAUGACUCUAAAUCAGUGGUUCCCAACCCAGUCCUCAAGUACCUCCUACCACUUCAAGAUUUAGGGAUUGGCUAAUUGUGUCUAAAGAAGAAAAAAAAACACUUAAGACACAACAGGGUAAUCCCUAAAUCCUGAAGUGAUAGGGACUACUUGAGGACUGGGUUGGUAGCCACUGCUCCAAAUAAUUGUUAGGGGCAGCACCCCCUACAUGUACAAAUAGAUACUUUGCCAUAGAGGGAAUAUAAAUGUGGCUUUCUAUAAAAUAAAUUUGUGCAUGUUUGUAAGAAAUGACUAUAUAUCAAGUUUAAAUGAUGCAUUUCUUCAGCAAAUACAUCCUAAAAAUAAUUCUGAGUUGUCUUUGUUAAUUUCUAUAAUUUUUAAACAAAACUUUCAAACUGCCUUGUUGCAUCAUCCUUUUUACUGCUAAGAAAUACUAAUACCGGUACUUAGUUCUCGCAUCAUCCUGGCUUCCUCUGUUUAUUUUAUAGGGAUUGCAGUUACAUAUUUAAAAAGUACAGAACCUUUUUUGAGCUUCGAAAGAAAACUUUGCAUCAUUGUGCUCAGAAAAGAAAUGGCUGAUAAUGAAUCCGGUCCUCUCACUCCACUGGAGUUGUAUGAUAGAUUGACAGCACAAGGGGACAGAGUACGAACAUUGAAGACUGAAAAGGCAUCGAAGGUAUGUUGUUGUUGUUUUUUAACACUUGUUGCAUACCUGACUUGUGAGCAAAUCUAUAUUCAGCAACGAUCAAGUAUCUUGCACGAAAUUUCACAAAUGAAGUGCAUUCAGCGCUGAUUGCUGCCACUGGCAACAUUUUUUAAAAUAUUAAGCAAGUGGGGGAGAUCACCAGACCCUCAACCAACACAUGACAGGACACAAAGUGAAGUUGGCAAGCACUGGAACUGGUGUUUGCCAGAUAAAAAACACAUACUCCAUGCUGUACACUCAUUUAAUGCUUGACAGUCAGGGGAGGUUUUAGAACCAAGGCACACAGUUCUUGGGACUAACUCCUCUGCCAGUGCGUUCCUGCCAUAGGAGUGAUAUGUCUUUCCUAUCCUAUAGUCCUCUUGUAAGACACUAAACAACUAAAGUUCACAUGCUAUAGUUGCUGUGAGAAGGGAGCAAUGUAUGUAGGGGAAUUCUCAUUUGUCACUUAAUUCUCAGCUUGCUUUCUUCCGCCCAGCUAACAGAAAUAAAAGCGUGCACAAACGGUCACACCAAAGAAAUCCAGGAAUUGUUGCUCCAAUAUAAAAAUGUUUUAUUCCAUCACGUCUGAUUACAGCCACCUCACUUAACUAAUUCUGUGUUGCACAGAACACUUACUGGGUUAUUCACUGAAGUAAAUGAAUUUAAAAUUUAAGGCCAGACUAGACGAAACGGAAACAUUCUCUAAUUCAGCUAUGCUUCCAGUUCAGCUACUUUGACCUAAAUUUUCAAAUUCACACUUUGAAUUAUUACUUUAGUGAAUAGCCCUGUUAAUUGUAAUAUUUAAUGUUGUGUGCUCUGAUUCAUACGUUUUUGAACUAUAAAAUGCAUGUGAUGUUGGCACAAUUUUGCUUAUCAUGAGCUAAUGGGGUGUUACACAUUAUAUAAGUGGAUAAAAUCCAUUUCGUAGUAUCUCUUUUUACUCUUUCACUACUGCCAAAUGUCUGUUUUCUGUACUCUUCAGGAUAUUAAUUCUCAUGGUAAAGAUUAUUUUUUUUAAAAUAAACAUGUAAAUAGAAUGUGUGUUUUUAGGCCUAUUUUUGCUUUAUGGCACUGUCUGUUUCAAAAGAAGGUAUGUGUAACUUGACAUCAAUCUUCAAAACCCCUGGGUUGGUGGAAAAAAUUAUCUUUCCAAAUUAAAGGGACUGGUGAUGUCACUCCCAUAUAUGGCUUCUAGUUUAAAAAAAUAAAUAAAUUGGAGGCCUAGGACACAUGUGUACCAAUAACCGUGCUCUUCUGAUUGGAGCUUUCUCACGGAGAAGCACUGAAUCCACUGCUUCUCAUAGAGAAUCUUUUACACUAUGCAGUGUCAACGUGCUGCGUGUGUUUCUGCUGAACUUGAAGACCAUCAAAAAUUGAAGCCUCUAGUCCAGGGAUAGGCAACCUUCGGCAUUCCAGAUGUUGUGGACUACAUCCCCCCAUAAUGCUCUUAUACCCAUAAUGCUGGCAAAUCAUCAUGGGAGGUGUAGUCCUGCCUGCUCUAGUCAGUCUGAUAACCACAUGCUUGUAUAUUUUUAUGAAUGCUUUGCAGCAUUGACUAUGAGAUGGUGUAUCUAAACCCUCCAGGGGAACAAUUGUUUUAGUUAUCUUAUUGUACGAGGAAAACAAAAAUAAUUAACCUAGGACCAAAAUUUAGAUAUCACAAGGUAGAGGGCACAAAAAAGGGGGGUAACCCCUAAAUGGUGAAUCAAGUUCAUUUAUGUCCAGCAUUUCAGGAGUGCAUAUUGGAGACUCUUAACACUAAUUUUGUGUACUCUGUACAUACUUUAUUUCUCUUUCUUUUUCCUUUAUUAUGUGUAUGGGGGGAGAUUGAUAAGACCAGGCAUUUUAUUAAGGGGUGCCCUCGAAGGCACAAGACUUAGGAAUCUUUUAUUCUAUAUGCCUUCCUCUGUCACUGUCUGUAUAUUUUCUACUACCUAGGCAACCUGUUCAAAACUGUUUGUAAACCCUCUCUUUAUACUUUGACCUAUUAUUUAGAUGCAGCUAGCAUUUAGGCAACUUGUGUGAUUUUUAACCAGUUAACUGCUGCCUGUCAGCAGUCCUUCACAGGUGAGCUACUACUUUGUGCUCCACUGUGGUCAAGCAUAAGUUAACAUCAUUCAGUGCAGGCAGCUGUUGUAACACUAGAAUAUACUGCUAGGUAUCUUGCUAGGUAUCAGGUCAGCAACCCCUUAUUUUACACUUUACUGCUUGACAGCAAGCUUUAAUUUAUUAUCAAAAUGCUGCUAUGAUCUAGGCAGCUUUUGUGAUAUUUAACUGGCUAAUCGCCGUCUGUCAGAAAUCUGUCUUAGCUGAACUAUUGACAGCACUGGUUUAGCAGUUGUCUUAUCUCCCCCCCCCCUUUUGCUACAGCUAUUAGUGAUAUAUAAUACAGUAUCACUUCUAUUACUUGGGAAUACACUGAUGUUAUAUUGUAGCUAAACAGUAUUGCUUCAGCAUUAGUGUUAUUAUGUAUACACUUUUACAGCUUAUAUAAGUAGUCAGAGUUUUACUCGCCGUAUAGUCAUCAUUUACUCCUGCUGUUCAUAUUAUUUUUCUCUUUUUUAUAUUCUUAUUUUAGAUUUAUUUAUUAAAAGUUACUUUUUAAUCUACAGUCUUCUCAGUAAAUCAUACACAGGUAGAAUGGCAUUUGUUUCUUUUUCUGUUUAUUCCCUAGUUAUCUUAUUGUUUACAUUGUAUGGACAGAAGCAAGUAUUCAUUUUACUUUGGACAUUCUACACCAGUGUCUACCAACCCAGUCCUCAAGGACACUAACAGUCCAGGUUUUGUCAGUAUCCGCAAUGGAACAGAACUGUCUCAAUUAUACCUUUUAAUUUUUAAGUGAUUAACCUGCUUUCUUAACUGAUUAAAAAGCAUUAUACAAGUUCGAGACAGAUCCCGUGUUAUAAGAAUCUGUCACGAGUUGUCAUGUGGAUAGUAUAACAUGUUAUUCAUUUACUUGAGUUUGCUUUUGUCUUUAGAGUGAUAUUGAUGAAGCCGUAAAGCAGUUGCUGGCUCUUAAAGUGGACUACAAGACUUCAACUGGGCAAGAUUAUAAGGCUGGCUCGCCUCCGACAGAUGCCACUCCUGUCAUUCAAAACGGCCCUCCAGAUGACGAAGACGAUUUUGUUGAUCCAUGGACAGUUCAAACGGGCAGUGCAAAAGGAGUGGACUAUGACAAGCUAAUAGGUGAAUAAUAAAAUAUAUGUAAAACAAAAUGGUAUACAAUAUUUUGUUUGUCAUAAAAUCCAGCCUCAAAGGAAUACUGAAAACUUUAUAAUAUAUGCUUCUUUCAUAGGUUACGGUGCACCCCCUUUCCCUGUCUCUUGUGUUUAACCACUUAAUUCUGCAAGGGACUUUGAAUAAGAGUGUAGUAUUAGUAGAGUAAACUAAAGUGUACGGAAGGUCCCAUGUGUUUGUCCAUGCUUUUGUUCACACAGUUGACCUUGUAUUUUUUUUUUAGAUAGAUUGUACACAUGUAGCUGGGUUUGUAUCACACUAUGUUUUUCCCCCAGGCAAAAAGUCCAAUGACCAUCUUUCUCAGACUCGGUUUGCUAACAUCUCCAACAUAUAACAAUAACCAUAACAUUUAAUUAUGAAAUUUCUCCCCAAUGAGUUAAAAAAAAAAAAAAAAAAACACAUUUGAAAUUCUGCAAAAUAGCUUAAAAUCUUUUGUUGCAAAGAUAUUUUGAAAACCUGUAUUAGUAACAGUGGCAUAUACAAGUCUCCCCUGUGAAUGUAAGCUAAAGUACCAGGUAUUUUAGAGCUUUGCAAACAAAGCGCUUUGAUUUCAGCCAACAUUUAUUUUUAAAUAAAAAUGUAUCUCAUCUAAAUUUGAUCAUAUAGCCUGUAGCAAAAUAAAAGGGACAAGAAAUAUUUUUUCCAGUUUCUGCAGCCACGCGAAGUGUUAGGCUGCCCCUUUAAUUGUUGUCUUUUGUUUCUUUGGCUGUUUUUAUUAUUGCGUGAUUAAAUUAUAUUGAUCAGAUUGUCAAACUGUAGUCUUUUCCUUUGUGAAUGUUUUGCCUGUCUUCUGUGUUUAAGUGUAAGCAUUACAGUUCUAAACGUAUUCAGCAAUGGCACCAAAUAUUUAAAAGAUUAAAGUUUACCUUUCUUUAUUUAGUUCGAUUUGGAAGCAGCAAAAUUGACAAGGAACUUAUUGAUCGUAUUGAGAGACUCACUGGGAAAAAAGCACAUCACUUUUUACGAAGGGGGAUAUUUUUUUCACACAGGUAUGGAUUUUUUUUUUUUUUAAAUGCUAUUGUACAAUUAUCAUAGUAGCAAAAUAAAUUUUAUUGUAUUAUUUUACUAUAUACAUUUGUAUAUGAGUAGGUGGCAGUAAGCAGGUAUGGUAGACCUGCAAUGCUAUAAUUGCAUAUGAAUGGUUUUGCACAAGGUAUUGUGGGAUGCAAGGAGUAUAUUUAAAGUGCAUGUACAAUACAAUUCACUGGCCUAGUAGAUAUGAACCAUUUCUUUUUAUAUGGUAGUACAGUUCCCAUCAUAAACUUUAGAAAAAGAAAACUACACAUUAACUAGUUUACUUUUAAAGGAACUCUCCAGUGCCAGGAUCACAAACCGUUUUCCUGGCACUGCAGGUCCCCUCUCCCUCCCACCCCCAUCCCAGGUUGCUGAAGGGGUUAAAACCCCUUCAGGGACUUACCUGUAUCCAGCGCCGAUGUCCCUCGGCACUGGGUCAGAGUCCGCCCACGCUCCUCCCCCGCCAAAGUUAUCCGGCGGGGAUGACCUGUUGAGCAUGCACAGCGGGGGAGACCUAAUGCGCAUGCGCAGCAAUGCUGCGCACACGCAUUAGACCUCCCCAUAGGAAAGCAUUAAAUAAUGAUUUCCUAUGGGGAUUUCAGCGACGCUGGAGGAACUCACAUAGCGUGAGGACGUCUAGCGACUUUAUAAGUAUCCUCUAGUGGCUGUCUAGUAGACAGCUACUAGAGGAGGACUUAACCCUUCAAGGUAAAUAUAGCAGUUUAUGAAAACUGCAAUAAUUACACUUGCAGGGUUAGGGGUAGUUGGCACCCAGACCACUACAAUGGGCAGAAGUGGUCUGCGUGCCUGGAGUGUCCCUUUAAGCACAUUUUGGGUGUUUUUUAAAGGGACACUCCAGGGUUGGUGUGCAGCUUCAAUUGGGUAUGCACCGUGGCAAGUGUUUUAUUGGAUGAUUACUAAUUUGUCUACCUUGGAGAUAAGAAAAGAGGGCAGAACAUUAUAGAAAAAUAAAUUCUAUAUAACUAUAUUGUUCAUUAUAUAUCUAAUGAUACCCUUUCACUCAGGACAUUUUUGGAAAAAGACAAAUAAACCGUUUUUACCAAGCAGUGCGUAUUUUAGUACCAGACUAUGAGUGAUGUUACACUGCUUAGCCUACCUAGGACACGAUUGAUAAUCCUCCCGCUGAUAUUUCUCUGCAAACCACAUCAGUAUCAAAAAUUCUCCCUGCUUCCUUCUAGAUAUUGUUGGACUAAAUAAACUUGGCCUUCUAAACUCAAAGAAAAUGACUUUGUUUCUCAACAGAGACAUGCAUCAUAUCCUCGAUGCGUAUGAGAACAAGAAGCCAUUUUACAUCUAUACUGGAAGAGGCCCGUCCUCGGAUUCAAUGCAUGUUGGCCACCUCAUCCCUUUUAUCUUUACAAAGUAAGUGUGAUAAACGGUAAUGUUUAUAGGAUAGAUAAAUAGUUAUCACAUGUUCAUGUUACAUGUAAAAUAUUGAUAAGUGGGAAUGUUGCAUGUGAUGUUUAAAUAAUACCAAGUUCCCCUAAAAUUUCUAUAUUGUUAUACCUCAAUACGUGACAGAAUAGUAACACAAACACAAGAGAACUGACACAAAGUUAGGACCAGAUACAGCAGGCCAGUAGAACCUCAUUUAUAAUCGCCCUACACCGAGAGCCCUUACACUACUCACCUGUACCUUAAAGCAUAACUUACACAACGUCCACACAUCACCCAUUAAGCUAACAAAAACCUACGGACCCACGGACCUACUAGCGAACAGAGCAGACUGAAACAUAUGAAACAACAAAAGGUAGAAGAAAACAAAAACAGGAAACUUGCACAUAACUCAAGGCACGAUACACAGCACUGGUAGGACACUGUCAGUCAUAGCAAAGGAAAUGUAUCUGAUGGAAUGCAAUAUAAUAUACGCUGUCAUGGUGUCAACACCAGAUUUAAAUUUAUGCUAUGCAAAUUAACCUCCCCUUCCCCUUGCUUUCUAUUCUGUACCCCGGAAACACACUAAUAAAAAUUGUCAAAUUGAAAACUAAUACCAAGUUAUGUAUAUUAAGGAAACUCCAGCCAAUUAUUUGUUAACAUGCAAGGAAGACAAAUUUGGAGUAAAUAUCCCAAAUAUUUUGCAUGCUAGUAAAUAUUUCUUAUUUUCAUAGCACUUCUGUUGGUGUCCAGGCCUUGUAGCCAUGGUAGAUUUGUACACUCACUAUAGAGCUUAGUGGGUGGAUGGCUUAUUAUCCUAAUUAGGUGCACAGUUACUUAAUCAGUUAAGUAUUUACUUAAUAUGGGUUAAUCCAGCCUCUAGUGGCUGUCUCAUUGACAGCCGCUAGAGGCGCUUCUCACUGUGAUUUUCACAGUGAGAAGACGCCAGUGUUCAUAGGAAAGCAUUGAGAAUGCGCGCACGGCUCUUGCCGCGCAUGCGCAUUCAGCCGAUGACGUCCAAAGGAGGAGGAGAGACCGUGCGCCGAGGAAGCCCGGCGCUGGAGAAAGGUAAGUGAUUUAACACCUUCCUCUCACUUCAGCCCGGCAGGAGGGCAGGGUGAGGGUGGGGGGGACCUAUUAAUACUAGGCACUAUAGUGGUACUUUAAUUAGGAACUAGUAGUUCCACUCCAUGUUCAUAAAGAGAAACCUAUUUGGAUGUAACACAGUUUCCAUAUGUAAUAGUGAAUAAUAAUAAGAGCAGAUAGCUGUAUGUUUUCUCUGUUUUUUACUUCCCAUCAACAUUUGCAGAACAGACAGUCUUAUAAAGAAAGACAUAUACGCUGUCUUGAAGGCUUUCUUUCACAAUGUUCGAGAAUCCUGUAUCUCUGUUCUAUUCUGUGCCUCACGCUGAAUACCAUAAUCUGCGUGAGGCAGAAAAUACGACAAAAAUGCAUCGCUUGUGAACAGGACUUUUCGACCGAUGGAGAACCUCUUGGUGACAGACAAAUAGAAGAGGAGGAGGUAGGUGAGUAUAUUUCUUAAUACCUUACAUAGACAUGAUUAACAGGGAAAACAACAGCUUUUGUUUCAAUAGUUAGUUAAAGCUUUGUAAUGAGCUGAACUUUGUUUCAGGUGACUUUUACUUCUAAGCGUCUCAUAUUUUGCAAAGACCCAGGAUAAUGACUGCUCCGUUUGCUGUGGCGUGGCCCAGAAGCUCAGGGGAAGGCAGUUUUUACUUAACUGAACUGACCCCUCGUGAGAGGCGCUAUCAUCUUCCGCAACACCUUUACCUGCCAGAAACCGACGUCUGGACUGUACUCUCGUCGCAUGCGCAAAGAUACAACGCAGACGUCUAAGAUGAUCCUCCAUAAAAAGAGCCUUAUUCCCCUCGGCCAUCACUAGUGAGGGCUUGGCAAAUCGUAGCACCACCUAUUGUCAAGCAUAGGAAAAAUACAGAAGACCGAGUAGUCCCCAAUUUGUCUUGUAUCAUCUUUUCACUGGGUUGGAAUUUUUGUGAAAUUCCAAGAAAAUCUUUAUGAGUGUUUCAUAGAGAUUUUAUCUUUGUGAAAUGCUCAGGUUUUAUUGUUGAUGUGUUUUCUUUUUAGGACAUUGCUGCUUUAACCUUGCAAAAACCUUCUUUCCCCCUAUCAGGUUUGAUCUCCAAGAGAGACCUGUCUGUUGCUUUAAUACUGAAAUGCACCUGAACAGUCUUGAUGAUGUUCUCUGCUUUAAAAUUCUCUUUUUAUUUUGUUCCCAUUCUCAGGUGGUUACAAGAAGUGUUUAAUGUCCCCCUGGUGGUCCAAUUGACAGAUGACGAGAAGUAUCUGUGGAAAGAUCUGACCAUUGAGAAAGCUUACCAGUACACCAUAGAAAAUGCCAAAGACAUCAUCGCUUUAGGCUUUGAUGUAAAUAAAACUCUCAUAUUCUCAGACCUUGAAUAUAUGGGGUAAGUAACAUGCUAUGUGUUUAUCCAAAACAAAUGCAAGCCUCACUUUUUCUAGCGAAAGGUCAUGGUUGAGUUAAUUUCGAAAUAAGGACAUGACGUAAAAUGACCUUUCAUGUAUUCUUUUAGAAAGUGUUUAGGCAAGAACAAUACAAUGAGAUGUUUGUGUUUAUUAUUUGAUUGUAAUAUUGUGCAACCCUUUCAUUAUGUCAUGAAGAAUAAUACCGUAGGUAGAUACAGCUAGUGCCAUCUGAUUAGCUGUUGUUACUAUAAUUUCAUGAAUAGUACUGUAAUGGGGGUAAAAUAAGACUUCAUAUGUACAGCAACACAAGCUGUGGGUUUCCUUAAGUGGCAUCUCCGUUUGCUUAGAACAGGCCGGUGGAACCAAUGAAUGGAAAUCUUGAUGGACCAUCAGCACUACAUAAACAUCAUGCCAGCCAAACAAAUCUAAACAAUGACAUGAUGACACACAAUGCUUGUGUUGAUCAAGUUCUCCCUGAAUGUCUAAUGAAUGGGUUUAGAAUUGGAGUUUCUGAAGAACACAAAAGUAGAUUGAAUAUUAUAGAGAUUUGCUAAAAAAUAAAAUGCCAGCCAGUUUGUGCUAGAUAUACAGUUUUGUGGUUUAUUUCUACUUUUAAACUCCACAUAUAGCAUUGUUGUAAUCCGCUACAAGUGUAGGCGUUCUUUUUAACACUGCUCCAUCUGUCUCAGUAUAUCUUGUGCUGAUCCUUAUUAGACUGAGAUCAUGCAUAAAUCAUAUUUCAAUCCAUUUCUGUAUCGUACGGUUUUUACGUUCCAUUCUAGAACCCUUCUUAAUUUCAGAACAACAAACACCAAAAGCAUAAAGAUUCCCCAAGGAAUACAGUAGUCCUCUCUAGCAAGUCUAACUAAAGGCUUAGAAAAAUGUGACCAGAUUAAACAAAAAGACCCUGCAUUAUUUUUUAUUCUGUGUACAAUGUAUCAUUACAAAAUUUCACGUGAACAUAAAUCCAUGUUCUGCUAUAACAUAUGGGGGAUUUUUUGGGGGUCGGGGGUGUCGCACUCUCUGGAUCUUUUGAUAUUAGUAAAUUAUUUACAUUCUGAGUUCCUACACUAAAAUAUAACACUUUCAUCAAUGGACAAUACACUAAUCAGCCACAACAUAAGUCAUUGUAUUGUUGUUACUAUAAAAAAUGUUUAGUUUUGUUUUGAUGAUACUCUUUUUGUACAUUUGAUGUAUGUAUCUCCAUAUGCAAUUUGUCUUAUAUGUAUUCAAUAUAAAAGUAUUGCAUCAUUUGAUGUUAAAAUAUAAAACCUUUAAUAAAAAUAUAAACAAUAAAUAAAUAAAAAAAACACUGACAGGUGAAGUGAAUAACAUAAAUUAUAUCGUUACAAUGGCACCUGUCAAGGGGUGGGAUAUAUUAGGCAGCAAGUGAACAGUCAGUUCUUGGAUUUCAUGUGUUGGAAGCAGGAAAAAUGGGCAAGUGAUAAGAUCUGAGAGACUUUAAAGGGAAACUCCAGUGUCAGGAAAACAAUCCGUUUUCCUGGCGCUGCAGGUACCCUUUCCCUACCACCUCCCACUCCCCGGUUGCUGAAGGAGUGAAAACCCCUUCAGUGACUUACCAGAGGCAGCGACGAUGUCUCACGUUGCUGCUUCUUCCUCCCUCUGAUUUCGGUGGGCGAGACUGAUCCUGCCCAAUGGCCGGGGAGACCUAAUGCACAUAUGCGGCAAUGCCGCGCAUUAGCGCUCCCCGUAGGAAAGCAUUGAAAAUACAUUUCAAUGCUUUCCUAUGGGGAAAUGAGCGAUGCUGGAGGUCCUCACACAGCGUGAGGACGUCAAGCGACGCUUGUGCUAGAAACCAGGAAAUGCCCUCUAAUGGCUGUUUAGUAGACAGCCACUAGAGGUGGAGUUAACCCUGCAAGGUAAUUAUUGCAGUUUAUAAAAAAACUGCAAUAAUUACACUUGCAAGGUUAAGAGUAGUGGGAGUUGGCACCCAGACCACUCCAAUGGGCAGAAGUGGUCUGGGUGCCAGGAGUGUCUCUUUAACAAGGGAAAAAUAAUGAGGGAUAGACAACUUGGUCCGAGCAUCACUAAACCGGCAAGUCUUGUGGGAUGUUACCGGUAUGCAAUGGUUAGCACGUACCAAAAAUGGAAGGGUAACAGGGGAACCAGUGCUCAUUGAUGCAUUUGGGGAACGAAAGCUAGCCUGUCUGAUCCAAUCACAAAGAUGAGCUACUGUAGUUCAAAUUGCUGAAAAACAUAAUGCUGGCAAUGAUAGAAAGAUGUCAGAACACACAGUGCGCCACAGUUUGCUGCGUAGUCGCAGGCCGGUCAGAGUGUUCAUGAUGACCACCAUGAUUCAAUACUGUUUGAAAAACUUUUCAAAUUAUUUAUCUCCAGAGGUCACUGUUUAAAUUCUAUGUGAUUUUUUUAUAGAUAAAUCAUUUUGAUAUGAUUUUUUUUUCUAACAGUUUUGAAUAAUUUGGAAAGUUUAUUAAAUUGAGGCCUGUUUCGGAGGAUUACCUUUAAUAAUGCUCUUCACUUUUAUUAGGAUGAGUCCUGGUUUCUAUAAAAACGUGGUGCAGGUCCAGAAGCAUGUAACAUUCAACCAAGUGAAAGGAAUAUUCGGUUUCACAGACAGCGACUGUAUAGGUAAGAUGGCAAUAAAACUUUACAUAAAGAUGGCAGCCACAGACUAAACAUAAGCAUAUUUAAAUGUAGCUAGGCUAGCGGGCACCUGAUAUACCCAUCAGAAUGUAUUUAAAAGUAUCUUGGUUUUUUACUAUGGAUAUGCUUCACAUUGCUUGCUGUAUGUUGCUAGUGUGCACACUGCAGUGGUUAUGGUGUCAUGGCACUUCCCCACUUCUGAUUGUAUGGAAUCACAUCAUUUUAUAAUUGUUUGACUUCUUAACUGGGAGCCCCCAAAAGCAGCUCCGAUACAGAUUACAGAGCAUCAGCUUAUCACUCUCAGUUAAUGAACUAAGCCUUCCACCAUCAGGCUUUGCUUAGUAAUGAGAGCAUACAUGCCGGACUCUACGUAAGAAGUCAACCAUUCUGAAGUGCUCUGUAGUGGUUAUGGUUCUUGGAGUGUACUUCUAAAGAACAGUAAUUGCAAUGUGAACUCUAAUUAGAAAAGAGCCAUGUAAGAAUCUUACAAUUAAGCUGUGAUAUACUUUUUUAUUUUUCCCCUCGAAGUGUUAGAAAACAGGUGAGAAAUCUCGCAGAUCCCAGCAGUUAAGUUAGUUUUUAUAAAAACGUGAGUUAGCAAGAAUGUACACAACAACGCCUCUUUUAAAGUGGGCUUGUGUACACACCAGGUGUGAAAAAAAAGCAUUGCGUCCUUCUGUAGACACAUUGUGUGCUCGAUUAACACAUUGUUCAGAUUCUUUAUCGGCAGUUAUUGCAAGCUAGGUUUUCAUAUACCACAAGAGAGAACAUUCAAAAUUAAUUACAUACCUUUAUUCUUUGGGAGUACAUAUACUAAAUUGUUUGUUUUUUCAAUGUAUUUUUAUUGGAGUGUUUCAGAUUCCUGCCAAAUUUAUGUUUAUUGCUUUAAUCACUUUAUUGGUUUCAGGAAAAAUCAGCUUUCCUGCAAUCCAGGCCGCUCCGUCAUUCAGCAGUUCGUUCCCAGAAAUUUUCAACGGCAGAAGAGAUAUUCAGUGUCUCAUUCCAUGUGCAAUUGACCAGGUAGGAAGCCAUUGAUGAUUGGAUUUUGAGGAGGGAGUAAGGGAGUUUAUUAAAACGAUAAGUCACCUUUACUGAGCUUCAUGAGAAAUAAAGUUCAAAAACCUCUGCUGCGCCAACAUUGGCCAUCAUUGUGUUUAUAGUCAUAUCAAAUGAAGUCUAACAAAAAUACUGUAAAUUAUUUUUUUUUUUUAAAAACAAAAAAACUUUCUGCAGCAAUUUGCAUAUUUAAUGAAAGUCCACUCGCAAAUGCAGUUAUUAAACCCAAGAUAUUUCAGUAUUAACAGAUGCCUUUCUUGUCAUUUGUAUUUAAUUUUAUGUCCUGCAAAAUUCCAAAGGAAAGGUAUACCUGAAAGUAUUUAAAUGAAGGAGCUAUAGGAUAUUAAAUUAAUUUGACUGGUUACGUUAUCAUGCCACUUUUCAGAUGCCCUCACAUUCCUCCAAAUGAUGCCCGAGGUCUAAUGCGCAACAGACUGAAUCCAAUUUACUGAAUCCAAUUGAUAUGUUGUACUAAAAGUGUAAUUUUAAAUAAUCAAGGCACACAUUGACAUUGAGAAAUACUCUAUCAAAUGAAGCAUUGCAGGGUAAUAUAUAAUUUUUUUUAGGAUAAAUUUUUUUAAUUAUAAAAUAUUUUAAUAAUUAGAUUUUUAAUUUAUAUAUAUUUUUUUUAUAUAUUUAUUUUAUUUAUAUAUAUAUUUUUUUUUUUCCAUUAGGAUCCAUACUUCCGAAUGACAAGGGACGUGGCCCCCAGAAUCAGUUACCCAAAACCAGCGCUGAUGCAUUCGACAUUUUUCCCAGCUCUACAAGGAGCGCAAACUAAAAUGAGUGCCAGUGACGCCAACUCAUCUAUAUUCCUGACGGACACACCCAAACAAAUAAAGACAAAGGUAAAGUUAAUACUGCACAAGGCAAAAACUGGCCAACCUUGAAUGACAUGCUCUGCAAUGUAUAUUGGGAGAAUUGUCAAGUCAAGUGUGGUUAUCCAGCGUGCAAUUUUAUUGGCUUGAAAAAAUGCGCUCUGAAAUGUAUCGCCUUCUUUAAUAUGACAAACAAAUGCAUUGGAGUUUCCAGUGCAGUUAGGAAUUCUUUGACUUUCUGGUGAAUUUAAUUUUAAAAAAAGACAACGAUUGGUCCCUGAGAUACACUGCGUAUUUGUUACUCCAUACGGUCAUUACAUAUUCCCUCAAAAAUUCCUGAUGUUAAUCUAACUUAAUUAUAGUUGUAAUUACUACUUCAAAAUAUUUUAGAUCUUCAAGGUAGAGCUGGCCGUGGGGUUGCAAUACAAUUUUCAAGCUCUCAUCGGUGGUUACUGAAUACAAGGACCAAUGAAUGAUGUCAACAAUGUACACGUUUGAUUGGUUCCUCUAAGCUGCGUGUCUCAUUCACCUGAACAUUCCAUUUAAAAAGUUUGGGUUCUAAAAAAACAAACAAACAAAAAACAACAAUUUAGUAGAUAAACCCCUUCAGAAAAUAUGCAUGUUAUUUCCUUUGCCUAUUAUCUAGGUCUAGUAUUUGCAUGUACUGCACCCCCUCCCCUUCUUUGAGCACAGGCUGAUCAACGAUUGUAUUACAGCUCACCGAGAAGUCUUUACAAGGCAGGUGAUCUGGGCUUCGGGAAAUAACAAGAUAUACUGCCUGACAGCUGGGGAGGUGUAACAAGGUUUAGUUAUAGAAGUGCUGAUUUCUAUUGAAAUUGGCACUUUUUAUAAAACGAAAAAAGAGGUCAUACUCUUCUCACAUAAAGCACUUAAGCAAACUGAAGUGAUUUGUAUGUUUUGAGUGUUCCUUUAACCUGUGCUGUAUACUGAAAGAAAACUGAGCUAAGCAUGAAGUCUAUUUUCCAUAUUCUUUUUAAAAGGCAUAGACUCCUUCAGAUUGCUAGGUGGCAGUGCACAUCAGUUCAUAUGACAGCCACUUGAAUCUAAAAGACUGUACAUCUUUGAUAGUUUUGAAGAAUACAAAUAAAAAAUGAAUAUCUUCCUACGUUGCAUAACUUGUGAUGAUACUAUUUUCAUAAAAUUAAUGAUUUGUAUAAGAUGUGUGUAUUUGAUAUGGUUCUGUUUAACUGAACAUGUCCUGUUUUAUAUGAGGAUUUUUUUCCAGCUGAAUAGAUGCCAUUGGGGUUAGACUACGGAACUAAACUCACACAAUUAAUAAGCUGUCUGGUGAACAGACACCCCUUCUUAGCGACCACAGCUGUUCUUGUUGAGAGUCUUGGUUUGUCGUCCAUUACUUGCCAGUCCAAGAACGGCAACUGCAGCCCCUGAGCUGGACUACGAUUCCCAUUAUUUACUAACAAACCAAGCCUGAAAGAAAAUAUAAUAAGCUCCAUAUUAUUGUUCCUUUUCUCACAGGUCAACAAGCAUGCAUUCUCUGGAGGUAAAGAUACGAUUGAAGAACACAGGAAAUAUGGAGGAAACUGCGAGGUCGAUGUCUGUUAUAUGUAUUUAACUUUCUUCCUUGAAGACGAUGAGAAACUUGAGCAAGUGAGACAGGUACGAAACAAUAUUGACUUAAAGGUACCUUUACUUAGUUGCGAUCAUGGUUAUUAAACUAGGACGUUUUCAAAUAUGGCUAGAACAUAAAAUGGUAUAUUCAGUAAGGCAGUGAAUUGAACACUGAAUUAUACUUGGGCUUUUAAAGAGCCGAGCUGAGAAUUUUUCUAAAUUCGCACUUUUGGCCUAUAUUGUGCAAUCGAUUUCCAUUACAAAAUAUUAAUUUACACAGUAUAUUAAACAUUUACACAUUUUAUGUGGAUUUGGAUCUUGUAAAGAAUCGAGGUUGACUUCAGCAUACAGAAGAAAAUACACAUCUUUCAUGUGGUCUGUUCAAAUCUUCAGAGCCAAGUAGCCAUGGCUUCUAAACAUCUUACUGCGUUGCUGUAUUUCAUAAGAACUAAUACAUUUAAAUCCCCAUACAAGAAUAUGGAAGUUGAACUAUAUCUCCUAUCCAUAGUAAUUUCAGCUUGCAAUUAUGCGACACAAGAAGAUUGGUUUCCAUGGCAACAAUAGUUGUUCAAGGAACACUCAAAGCACCAUAACCACUGCAAUAGUGCUUAUGGUGCUAGAAGUGCUCCGGCAGAUCCACAUUUUAAGUAUGUCUGCGCCAUCAGUAGUGGAGGUGAGUAAAAGCGCUUGUAGGAGCCCAGGUAAGUAGUCAGACCUUUCUAAAAUGGUUUGACCACUUACCAUGAAGUAGCACCAGGGCACUCCUGGCAUCUUAACUAAUAGAGCCCGCUGUAAUGAUUAUGGUGCUUUGAGUAUUCCUUUAAAGGAGCCAUCUAACCACCAUAACUACUACAUUUCAUUUGUAGUGGUUAUGGUGCUAUGAAAAUGCAGGCACACUCCAGCAUUGCUAGGUAAAAUCGUUUUUCAGCAGUUACUAUAUCUAUAGAAAUAUUGUAGCAAUAUUUUUACAGCAUUGUCAUUAAAAUAUAUACACGGCUUGUUUAUACGUACUUCAACAUGGUAGAUCUUGUAGGCAUUACGUGUGUAGUGCUAAUUGUUCUUCAUAUUUUAGUUUUAUUUUAUUUAAAGGAAACAUAACCUACAUUUUCCUAGUCUCUAACUGGAUUCAUGUGUAUCUUGCAGGAUUACACAAGCGGAGCAAUGCUCACAGGAGAGCUUAAGAAACUAUUAAUAGAUACACUGCAGCCUCUGAUAGCAGCACAUCAGGAGAGACGAAAACAAGUCACCGCUGAGAUAGUGAAGCAGUUCAUGACCCCACGGAAACUGGCAUUUGAUUUCUAACCGCUUAUAAAGAACUGGAUCCAGUUAACUGUACAUUCUAAUUUAUCUCUCAGAAGCCCAUUCUUGUCCUGUACAGUUCAAAGCACGUCAGCAAGUCUUGUGAAUAGGCCGCACCUUUUACCUCUCACUCCAAAAAGGUGCAUUCCAUAUUAAUGCAAUAAAACCAUUUCCAAUAAAUAAAUAGGUGUUUGUUAUUCUG